AUGCCAACAUUCUCAGACAAGUACGCUGAGAGGCGCUGGGCACAGGAGCAAACAGUAGCCAUCUUCCGAGUCUUUUCGAGGCACGGCUUUGCCGACGGUUUCAAUGGGCAUGUCAGUCUACGAGACCCAGUUGAACCAGCGACCUUCUGGAUCAAUCCUUAUGCGAAGCACUUUGGCAAGAUGUGUAUAUCGGACCUCGUUCGGGUUGACGAGAAUGGCACGUUCAUUGAAGGUUCCAAGUCGGCCAUUAACAUCGCUGGAUUUGUCAUUCACGCCAACAUUCACCGUGCGCGGCCAGAUAUCAACGUUAUAUGCCACGCGCACUCACCAUAUGGGCGGGCCUGGUCGUGUUUCGGAAAGCCUAUCGAGAUGCUUACGCAAGAUGCAUGCUAUUUUUACGAUGACCUCUCGGUCUACACUGGUCUCGGAAGUGUGAUUCUGGCAUCCAACGAAGGGAAGGCUCUUGCUGCGGCACUAGGGCCCAAACACAAGCACCUUAUCAUGCAAAACCACGGAUUGAUUACUUGUGGAUCGAACCCGGCAGAGGCUGGAGCUUACUUUAUCUGUCUCGAGCGUGCCUGCCAGACUCAGCUACUGGCAGAAUCUGCUGCUGCCAACGGCUGCCAAAAGAAGCUUGUGAGCGACGAGGAAGCGGCAUUCACGAAAUCCUGGCUCGGCACCCCCGAAGUCAUGUAUAAAUGGUUCCAGCCUGAGUACGAGAUGAUCUUGGAGGAAACUGGUGGUAGUUUUCUAAGAUGA